AUGAGUAGUACAAUAUUUUAUAGAUUUCGGUCACAAAGGGAUACAAAUAGAAUCUUGUUUGAUGGUACAGGCCUUACAGUUUUUGAUCUUAAGAGAGAAAUUAUACAUGAAAACAAGCUAGGUGAUGGAACACAUUUUCAACUGCGAUUAUACAACCCAGAUACCAAUGAUGAAUAUGAUGACGACUCCCAGGUAAUACCGAGGUCUUCAAGCGUCGUAGCAAGGCGAUCACCAGCAGUAAGAGCUUUCUCAGCAAAUGGCGGCGGCAUGAGUAAAGGCAGUAGUGCAUCAUUAGGGAAUGCUGCACGUUACGUGACAGGUAAACCUAGAGUACUUCAGAAAAAGCAAUCAAGCGGUAUAACAAGCAAUGGUUCGGGCAAAGUAAAUGGUGUUACCGAAGAGGAACGUAUUGCAAAUAUGUUUGCAGAUCAAGAAAAUCAAUGGGAACAAACACAACAGGAAAUGUCGUCAGCGACACCGGUUUUUUAUAAGUCACAAAAUAAUGGGCCAAAUUCUGGUGAAAAUGAAGGGUUACCACCACCAGGUUAUAUGUGCUACAGAUGUGGUGCAAGAGACCACUGGAUCAAAAAUUGUCCAACUAAUAGUGACCCAAAUUUUGAAGGCAAAAGGAUAAGACGGACUACAGGUAUUCCCAAGAAAUUUUUGAAAAGUGUUGAGAUCGACCCAAAUAAUAUAACAGCUGAAGAGAUGGCUCAAAGGAAAAUCAUGGUUACCGAUGAUGGUAAAUUUGUCGUUCAGGUCGCCGAUCAGCAGAGUUGGGAGGAUUACCAAAGAAAGCAACAAAACAGAUACAUGAAUGGAGCUGAUGCGAAAUGGCGUAAGGGGUACUUUGCAGAUUUACCAGAUAAUCUAAAGUGCUCUAUUACAGGUGGAUUAUUGAGAGAUCCAGUAAGGACAAGUAAAUGCUGUAACAAGCUCUUUUCAAAGAUGGCAAUUGAAGAUGCCUUACUAGAAAGUGAUUUUGUUUGCCCUAGUUGUAAUACACCUGGUAUUCUUUUGGAUUCACUGGUAGAAGAUGAACAAGUACAAAAGGAAGUAGAGAGUUUUCUACAGAAAAAAGAAUCAGAAAAGGAGUCAACGGAGAACGCUUCCAAAAGAGAAAAUGAACAGCAAGAGAUUGGGAGUGACAAGAAUGUCAAGAAACCAAAAAUUGACCCGCCAAUUAAGGCACCAAAUUUACCACUACCGCCUGUACCGUUUGGAAUGCCCCCCUUUCCAAUGUUCCCAGGGCCACUCCCGUUUUUAAGUCAACCACCGCCACAGCAAUCGUCAACAUCGCAUCAUAUAGAGAAAAAGUGA